AUUGAAAAUUAUAUAUGAAGUCAGUCUCCUUGGAUUAGAUUACACUAGUGGUUUCUUCAAUAAAUGUUACUGUGGACUGUGGAAGCUCUUUAUUGAUGGAAAAGCAUAGACGGACUCUUGCAUGGACAAUUCAGAUUGCCAAUCCUAUGAAUACUCACUUCCUUAUCACCACAGAUUCAACUCUAUAGUACUGCAUCCUUUUCAUCAACUUGGUCUUCAUCCAGUUUGUGUCCCAUCACUCAUUUCUCACAUCCAUCCCAAUCAUUAUUUAGUAAAUUGAGGUGGUAACUUUUUAACAAGGAUGUGAAUGAGAACCAUCAUACAAAUAGUAAAUUGUGAAUGGCAAUAUGAGAUCAAAUUGGAUAAGCUGAUUGGCCUUGCAUAUAUGAGUGAUAGCAUCAAUCAUCUUCAUAAGCGCAUGAUCACCAUUGUUAGUUAGUGUUGUACUUGCAGAGUGGAUAGGUAGAACAUAAAUAAUCUUCAUUGUGCCAUUGCUAGGGAUUUGUGGUCUAUGGUUUUCUGUUUAUUUGGUGUCUCCUGGGUCAUGUUUUACCCAGUGAAAGACCUCCCACCUUUUUGCAGAGGCAGCUUCAAAAGGAAUCAAAGUUAUGAUGUGUGGAAUGCUAUCCCACUAUGUUUGAUGUGGUCUAUUUGGAGGGAACACAAUGUUGGAUUGUUUGAUUGAAGCAUCCUUCAUGUGAAACUCUUUGUUCUUAGAUCUUUGUUUGAUUGGUCAAGGAAUACUGGGGAUGUCUGUUCUUCUUGUUUAGAGUUCAUGGAUACUUGUAAUUUAGGUCUUAGUUGUUUUGUUGCUAUUGUAUACUUCCCGUGUACUUCGGCUUCGCACUUUUGUUUUCAGGAAAAUCUUAUUACUUAUCAAAAAUAAAAAAAAGAAUAAAUAAUAAUAUGUGGGACAAAGAUCUAAGCUGAGCAGAAUAGCAGAUUGCUUCUGAACCAAGAACAGAGGACUCAGUUAAUUGUAAGAGGGAGAAUGGAAUCAAAGAAUUAUUUUUUUGUUGUUGUGGCUGAAUGAAUGGAAUCAAAAUACUUGCACAUGCUGAUGGGUAUGGCUUUUGCUUUGACAGAAAGGCUUCUGCAAGUGUUUUGCAGGGAGCAAUAAUUCGCACCUUUGGUUCUUCCAGUUCAACUGCUGGAACAAGCAUUGGGGUUGCAGAUAGAAGUGCACUGAUGACAGUGAUGGCUGGACAGAAUGGAGAUAGCCGACGUUUGCCAGAUAUGAAACCAAAUCAUACUGAUGAACUGGAGAAAUCUAACACUUGGAUGCUGACUGAUUUCAAUCAACCGUCUCAGCUUCGUUCCCUUCGGCUUCCUGACUGCCUGAUGCCUGUAAGGAUUAGUAGGUUGACAUAUACAAAUUCAGGAGGUGCCAUUUUGGCAUUAGGAUUCAAUGCUGUGCACAAACUUUGGAAAUGGCAGGCAAAUGAGGGGAAGGCAACUUCUAGUGUGCCACCACAAUUGUGGCAACCUUCGAAUGGAGUAUUGAUGACAAACGAUAUGAAUCCUGAAGAUGCUAUUCCUUGCUUUGCUCUUUCAAAGAAUGAUUCUUAUCUUAUAUCAGCAUCUGGUGGAAAAAGUUCCCUUUAUAAUAUGAUGACAUUUGAGAGGAUGACAACAUUCAUGCCUCCACCACCUGCAGCAACAUUUGUUGCUUUCUACCCACAAGACAACAACAUUGUUGCCAUAGGCAUUGAUGAUUCUUCUAUUGAUAUUUACAAUGUCAGAUUUGAUGAGAUCAAAAGCAAGCUCAAAGGUCACCAGAAGAGAGUAACUGGCCUUGCCUUUUCUAAUGUUCUAAAUAUUCUUGUAUCAUCCGGAGCUGAUGCUCAGCUGUGUGUAUGGAGCAUGGAUGAGUGGGAGAUUCCCUGGGAGAAGCAGGCUAGUAAAUUCUUGCAGAUUCCCCCUGGGCGUGUAUCAUCUCCUUGUGCACAGACCCGUGUUCAGUUUCACCAAGACCAGAUACAUGUGCUGGCUGUUCAUGAAACUCAAAUAGCCAUAUAUAAGGCACCAAAGUUGGAUUACCUUAAGCAGUGGGUUCCCCAAGAAUCAUGCGGUUCAGUUACAGAUGCUACAUAUUCAUGUGAUAGCCAGUCAAUAUAUGUGAGUGUUGAAGAUGGAAGCGUGUGGGUUCUUACUGCCACAACGCUCCAACCGAGGUCUCGGAUUAGUCCUGAUGCAUAUUUUCCUUCUAAUCUCAGCUCAAGGAUUUAUCCCAUUGUCAUUGCGGCUCAUCCGUCUCAACCUAAUCAGUUUGCACUUGGGCUUACUAAUGGUGGAGUAUAUGUUAUUGAGCCUCCAGAAUCAAAGGGAAACUGGGGUGUGAUACUGCCUCUUGAAAAUGGUGCUGGGCCUAGCUUCAACCUUGCAGCUGAUUUGGAAUGAUUAUGCCAGGCUUUUACCACUGAUUAUGCAUACCUCAUCUCAAUGAGUCCCUUUUUAUUCCAGGGGAAACAGCAAAUAUUUAGGUUUUUUAAGUCUGUUUAAUGCACAGCUAUAACAUUAGGCAGGUUAUUUAAGAUGGGCAAUUCUUCCAUACACAUUAAAGAGGUGGUACGCUAGUGUUAACAUAAUAGAAGAGAUAUAGGAGAGCAGUCAUUACUUAUUAGGGUUGAUGGAGAGAUAUUUCCUCUCAAAUGUAUUAAAAAUAGAUAUGUAAUCUAUCUUAAUUCUACAAUUUUUUUUCAUGUAGUGGAAGGUAUCUGCUUGAUCAUGAACAAUCCUUUGCAAGAUGGAUUUGUUCUCCACUUCAUUCAUUUAUUUCAUUAUCGGAAGUAAUUGAUUAAGCAUCCUCAUUA